CGGUCCAGGAAGUGGCAGGUUGAAGAAGAAGACGUUGAUUUGAAACGAUGAUAAACUCUGGAUUUAUUGCAUUUAUCGAAAUCGAUAGUUAGAUAUGUUUAUAUAAGGAGAAAGUGUUAAUGGUCAGAAUGUAGACGUAGCGUUUAAAGAACUUAAAUAAGUGAUUUACUGUCAUUUUGCCGUCCAGUUGGAUUCCUAACAGACAUUUAAAGAACUGCUAAUUUACAGUUGCAGUUUUAUUAGACAGUAUUUAAGCUUUUAGGGGUUUAAAGAUGAGUUCUGUGAGACACUUAGUGUACAGUAGGUGGUUGUUUCACCACAGUAAAUCUCUAAGUGUGAACUCAUCAGUGUGCAGGCAUGGCAGGCAGACAAGACUGUUCAGUACUACUAGAAGCUGCAGGACCGUUAUGCCUGCAUGGGUUAUUGAUAAAUACGGAAGCAAUGAUGUGUUGCGGUUCACCAAAAAUGCCAGUUUCCCCAUCAUCGACUACCCUAAUGAGGUUAUUGUUAAAGUGUUCGCAGCAGGACUGAACCCACUUGAUGUCAGCAUGAGAGGUGGCUACGGUGCUGCCACAAUGUCUGCGAGGAGAGACCCUCUGAAUAUCAAGCAGUCAGGCAGCGAGUUCCCUCUCAUCCUGGGAAGGGAUGUGUCUGGGGUCAUCAUGGAGUGUGGCCUGGAUGUGAAGUACUUCAGGGAGAGGGAUGAGGUGUGGGCAGCUAUUCCGCCAUGGAAGCAGGGCAGCUUGGCUGAAUUUGUGGUGCUGAGUGCCAAUGAGGUGUCCCACAAACCAAAGUCACUGAGUCACAUAGAGGCAGCAGCCAUUCCCUACGUGGCAACCACUGCUUGGUCGGCAUUGGUCAACACCGGUGGGCUCAGUAAGGACAACUGCGCCAAGAAGCGGGUUUUGAUCCUUGGAGGGUCCGGGGGAGUGGGAACUUUUGCGAUACAGAUGUUGAAGGCUUGGGGAGCCCAUGUGACUGUUACCUGCUCCCAGAAUGCAGAGCGGUUUGUAAGGGACCUGGGGGCAGACCAUGCGGUGGACUACACUGCCGGACCCGUCGAGGAGCCGCUCAGUGCUCUGGAGAAAUUUGACCUGAUCCUGGAUAACAUUGGAGGGGACACUGAGCGGUGGGCGCUGACUCUGCUUAAGCCUUGGAGUGGUGCCAAGUAUGUCACCCUCGUAACACCGUUCCUCCAGAACACCGACAGGCUGGGCAUCGCUGAUGGCAUGAUGAAGACUGCUGCAACAAUGGGCACCAAAGCCCUCAAGCACCUGGCCAAAGGGGUUCACUACCGCUGGGGAUUCUUUGCACCUAGUGGUCCAGCAUUGGAUGAAAUAAGGGAAAUGGUGGAUGCAGGACAGAUUCGGGCAGUGGUGGAGGAGACCUUCAGCUUCUCCCAGGUUCCUCAGGCCUUUGAGAAGGUGGAGAAAGGUCAUGCUCGCGGAAAGACAGUGGUCCAGAUCAGCAAAGGGGGAGAGGACUUAUAGCACUAACUCUUUACAUUUUCAGUGAACAAACUCAAACUGAUUUGAACGCAAAGUCUCAGCGUAUUGUUUCCAAAGCGGCAAACAAGGUACAAGAAUAAGUUUGUUUUGUCGCUAAAAUGUGUAUGUAAACACUACAGCUGCUGUUGUAUGCUUUACAGUGUUUGGCAGUUUUAUACUGGCUUGAAAAAUAA